UUUAAAAUCAACUAGGCAUUUCCCAGUUCCCACUCCACUCUCCAGUCUCCACUCUAAGUCUCUAACCCUUUUCUUUUCCUUGCCUUUCCUUUCCUUUCCUUUCCUUUCCUUUCCUUUGUCCUAGUGCCAUUAUCACCCCAUUACCCAAUCUAAGCCCCCUUUAUACAACAACUUCCGAUAAAACUUGGAUGUUCCUCUCUCUAAUUCUUGGUUUUCGAUAUGAUGAUUUCCGCCAUUGAUGGAUUGAGUUAAGCAAGAUAGCAGCGGAAGGUACGCAACUCUGGAGGAUCGAACACGGACCAAUUACCUGACAAGCCAAAGUAGACUUUUCAGCUGAUUAUAUUUCGUUAAUCUAUGGCUUCUUCAAGGGAUGCCGGUGACACUGCUAACUCCCCAUCCUUGCCAAAAAAUGUCUACAAGGAUCAAGAUGAUGGUCGCCAACGCUUUUUGCUUGAGUUGGAGUUUGUUCAGUGUUUUGCAAAUCCAACUUACAUCCAUUAUUUGGCACAGAAUCGCUUCCUCGAAGACGAAGCUUUCAUUGGCUAUAUGAAGUAUCUUCAGUAUUGGCAGCAGCCAGAGUAUCUUAAAUUUAUAAUGUAUCCGAACUGCUUAUUCUUCCUCGAGCUCUUACAAAAUUCAAAUUUUCGCAAUGCCAUGGCUCAUCCUGGGAACAAGGAAUUGGCACACAGACAACAGUUCUAUUUCUGGAAGAACUACAGAAACAAUAGGCUGAAGCACAUCUUACCCAGAUCCCUUCCUGAACCUGCGCCUGUAUCUCUAGCUUCAACUGCUGCUCCACCACCUCUUCCUUCUGUUAUUCCUCCCACUUCUGCUCCUUCAGCUCUUUCUCCAAUGCAAUAUGCAAUCCCUCCUGGAUCUGGUGUUUCAAAGAAUGAUACAAGGACUAGUGGCAUUGAUCGAAGAAAGAGAAAGAAAGAAGGCCGAUCAUCUUGAUUGCUGGAUAUGUUACUGCUGGAUUUAUUCAUAUCUUUUCUGGGAUGCAGCGUAUGGCUCAACUUCUUGUAAUUGAAGAAUGCAGAUAAAGAGAAGAAAUGGUAGUUUGCGGCUAACAGAUUUGCUCCAGAAUCACAGCCAUGUUCUGCAACUAACGGGAUUCUUUAAAGUUCCAACUGAUAUUCGUACGCUUUUAUCGGAUCAGCUGACUGCAUAACAAAAUUUUGAUUAAUAGAGGUUUAGUACCACUUCUUCGAUUAGUUACAUUUUACGCAGUGUUAACCCAACAUAUUCUUCUUGCUCAUUUAGCUAGCUGUUUUUUUCAAGUUACCAUUUCAUAUGUAUUUUCUAUUGGUGUUUGUUUAGCCAGCCACAUGCGUCAUGAA